CAAUAUAUAGAUGUUUCCUGAAAUUAAGCCAAAGUAGAUGUUUUUCUGUCGUUUCUGGCAUAUUGCAUCACUUUAGCAUACUAGCAAAUUGCCUUAAGAUAAACAACAAUUUUUAAGUUUUUGUGUUUUAUCCAUUUAGUCAAUUAACUAAACAUUAUGUGUUAAAAUGUACCUUAUUUAGUUUAUGACAGCAAAUAUGUUUACUAAAUACUUGAAAAAUUCCCUGUGUGACGACUUAUCGAAAGGCAAAUAUUUGGACUACUCAGAGUAUUUCUGUACUCAUCCCGACUGAGCCAGCUGUCAGCGCGCACUGCUGUUUGACACUUAUGUUUUCUGUCAGCAUUGAGUUGUUAGAGAGUUUUUAAGGAAGGAUUCGUCAGACAAAAUGCCGAAAGGAGGUAGGAAAGGUGGCCACAAGGGUCGCGUGCGGACGUACACAAGCCCUGAGGAAAUAGACGCUCAGAUGAAGGCAGAGAAGGAGAGGAAAAAGCAGGAACAGGAAGCAGAAGAGGCGGGAGGUGCAGCUAAUAAUGACACGGGAGAGGAGAAGCUACCAGGAUCAGGAUCAGAAGACAGCGAUGAUGAAAAUUCAGACAGGAGGAGAGCAGGUGUGGAGGGCUUGAUAGAAAUCGAGAAUCCCAACAGAGUGGCUCAGAAGUCCAAGAAGGUGACGCAGAUUGAGCUGGACGAGCCCAAGCAGUUAUCAAGGAGAGAGAGAGAGGAGAUUGAGAAGCAGAAAGCGAAGGAGCGCUACAUGAAGAUGCACUUGGCAGGAAAGACGGACCAGGCCAAGGCCGACCUCGCUCGUCUCGCCAUUAUCAAGAAACAGAGAGAAGAUGCGGCAAAAAAGAAAGAAGAAGAGAAAAAAGCGAAAGACGCAGCAGCAGCAGCGGCGAGAGGAAUAAACUCCCUCUCAAUGAAAUGAUGCAGAGUAUUUAUCAGAGGCGUUUUUACAUGCUCAUGGACUGGCGCAAUAUAUAUAUAUAUAUAUAUAUAUAUAUGACUAUUUUUAAAGAAAGAUGCUUGUGACGUUACUGUAACAUAUGACCAUUUGGAAAAUGGUUGCAGAGACACCUGUGGAGAAGAGGUGUGUAUAUUUUGGCAUGGAUUAAUAAUGGCCUUGUUGAUCCCUCCAGGAAGUUAAGCUACACUUGCGAACACAUCUGUCUUCACAUGGAAUGAACCUUCUAACAUGAUAUCAGUGAUGGUGUACUUGUCAUUGUACAAUUACGACUUUGCUAACUGAGCUUUGCCACUAUGUUUUUCGGGGGUUCUUACAUUUAUUGUAUAUAACUGACUCAUGAAGAUAUUUCAGAUUAAUAUGAUGAAACCAGUAAAAAUGUGUUCUUUUC